GAGCGGUUUCAUUGCGGCGGGUUGGCAGGGCAACGGACCGGAUCUCGGCGCCCUCUGCUUCUGGUUUUAGAUCUAUUUUUAAUCAUAUUCGAUAAAACAGCAGGAGUCGUUUUUAAUUCCGCGAAGCAGGACGGUUUGUUGUUAGACUGUCUGGUGAGAAAGCUGUGUUUGGGGUGUUAGAAGGCUGGAAGAACUGCUUUUGUUCUUAGCUGAGGGUUUUUUUUUUCUUUUUGGGGAUUGACUGAUGGAAUGACGGAGUGUGCAGAGGAAGAGCAAAGAGCUUAAACACACACACACACACACACACUCACUGAGAGAAAAUGGAGAACAGAGAUCUGGAGAUGAGCUUGGAGGAGAAGCUGACUCUGAGUGAUAAAGACUUGACUCGGAGGCCGGAGAAGCGGGACGAGGAGCCCCUCAAAGCCGACGACACCACCGUCACCGAUUCCUCUCUGAUCACCGACCCUCCCUCCAAAACAGAAACGCCCGUCAAACCCGCCAGCAGACCCAGCACACCUGCAAACAGCGCCGCCCCUCAGAGCAAAAAAGAUGGGGUGAGCUCGGAGCAGAAGCAGAAGCUGGCUAAACAGAGGAGAGAGGAGAGGUCCAAGUACCUGGGUAAGACACCUCAUCUGAUCAUGAGUCUGAUAUCGAUGAAGAAAGCUCAGUGGCUGGAGAAGGAGGAGAAGGCUCGGCGUCUGAGGGAGAGUCAGCUGGAGGAGAGGAGGAGGAGGUUGGAGGAGCAGAGACUCCGGGCUGAGAAACGCCGAGCGCUCCUCGAGGAGAAACAGAGACAGAAACUGGAGAAGAACAAGGAGAGAUACGAGUCCGCUAUCAAACGGUCGACUAAGAAGACGUGGGCUGAGAUCAGACAGCAGAGAUGGUCCUGGGCUGGAGGACUGAACCAGACGUCACGCAGAGAGAGCAGAUGCUCGUCCUCCACCGUAAACCUGCCGCGGCAGACAGAACCUGUCAUUAGCAACAGGCUGUCCAAGUCGUCAGCGACGCUGUGGAACUCGCCCAAACGAACUCGUAGCCUGCGCCUGAGCCCGUGGGAGAGUCGCAUCGUGGAGAGACUCAUGACCCCGACGCUGUCCUUCCUGGCCAGAAGCCGCAGCGCCGCCACGCUCCUGAACAGCAGCGACGCUCAUCAAUGUUCCCGUUCUCCGUCUGCGUCUCCGUUAGCCGCCUACACCCACCAGCACAGCGCAGACCGCUGGAGUUCCAGCACACCGGAUAUCACACAGCGCCAACGCAGACGCAACUCUGCACCGGCUAAGAAGGAGAAGAAGGACAAGGAGAGAGAGAAUGAAAAAGAGAAGAACGCCAUCACUAAAGAGAAAGUGCAGAAGAAGAGACAGUCCGAGUCGAUCACACGUCCCAAACCUGAGCUCAGCACCAAUGUUAAACCCAAGGGUCGAGUUUCCUCCCCAGCGCCCCCCAGGAGUCGUCCCCUGUCCCCCAGUCCUGCCGUGUCCCCCAAACCCCCGUCCUCCUCCUCCUCAGGACGAACUCCUUCUGCCACUAAAACCCGCCCCCGCCGCGCACAGACCCCGGCCCGAGUGCAGGCCCCCGCCGUGAGCACCGUCACCGUGACCGAGACGAAGAAAGAACAGCCGGCUGAAACCGGACCUGCUAAAGACGCCAAGAUUCCUGCCAUCACAGUCUCCGCCUCUCCGGCGACACCGGCUCCUGCCACCCAGCCAAUCACAGCAGCUCCUCAGACUCCAGAGCCCAUACCCACUCCUCCACCUGACUCCACCCCUCCCGUUACCAAGACGAUGGCAGGUACUACAGACCCGGAGGAGGCGACCCGGGCGUUGGCGGAGAAACGACGGCAAGCUCGAGAGCAGAGAGAGAGAGAGGAGCAGGAGAAACUGGAGCAGGAGCAGAGAAACAGAGCUCUACAGGAGGAGCGUGCUCAGCGUGAGGAGGAGGAAAGGAGGCGCAGGGAGGAGGAGCAGAGGUUAAUGGCGGAGCGACAGCGUCUGCAGGAGGAGAAGGAGGCGCAGGAGAGAGCCCGGGCCGAGCAGGAGGAGAACGUGCGUCUCCAGAAACAGAGAGAGGAGGCGGAGUCGAAGGCUCGAGAGGAGGCGGAGCGUCAGAGGCUGGAGAGAGAGAAGCACUUUCAGAAAGAGGAGCAGGAACGUCUGGAGAGGAAGAAGCGUCUGGAGGAGAUCAUGAAGAGAACCCGUAAGAGCGACACAGGAGACAAGAAGGAGGCCAGAUCUCCAGCGCAGCUCAACGGCAAAGACACGAAUUCUGUCACUGCCCUGAAUCCGUCAGUCAGUCACAACAACAGCACUCCGGGUUUAAACCGAUCACAGGGAGAGGUGAAAGCGAGCCCCGUGUCCUGGAACCCUGCUCCUGUGGUAAACGGUGUCCAGGACACCAAACACCACAACGGCCUGUCCUCCAACGGUGAGCCUGCUGACUUCGAGGAGAUCAUCCAGCUGACCAAUCACACCAGCAGUAACAGCAACGGGCAGGGCCAAUCGCAGAGCGGCAUGGUGACCGACCCGAUCUUGGCCUUCGAGGGAGGAGAGCCCUUCAUGAUGAAGGCGGGGCCGAUGAAGCCUCAGCAUGUAGCAGAGGUGCUGUGAGGAAUGGGACGAGGCUUGGACGCCAUGUACGGUGAGAGUGUGUGUGCCAAACCGUCAGAGCGACCGCUUUAACUGAAAGACUGAAAGACAGAAAGACGUGGACCUUCAUCUUACUAAACGUAACAUAUAAGAAAAAACAACAGCAACAACAGUGUUUUCUGUCUUUCUCACUGCGUGUGGUGGUGCAGCGGUGUUCGGUUUCAUCCUCGACGUCACCCGGAGUCUUCGUGCUGCACCGUAAAGACUGCGUGACUGAUUUAGAGACGAAACUCGGAAAAGCAUUACGAUAUUUGAGUAUUGUUAUGAGAAAUAAUUAUUGUUAUUGUCAUUGUUCUUAUACUAUAUCAGUAUUUUUUCUUUUAAAUUCAGAAAUAAACUCUGUGUGUGUGUGUGUGUGUGUGUGUGUGUGUCUUGAACUCAAGUUAUUUAACUUGAGACACAUCAGCAGAGAGAGAGAGAGGUGAGGACUGAUUAUGUAAAUGUAUAUUUGCCUGACCUGUGGAAUAAAUCUUUAUUAAAAAGGG